GGAGCACGGUCCAGCAGGCGGAGAACACGCAGGUGACAUGGCACCCGCUGGACAGAAGGCGGCGGAUGAGGCGCGCGCGGACUCCGAGGCCUGGGCCGCGAAGAGCAACGGGACGCUCUACAGCUCCCUCAGGGGCGCACAGGACGCGCGCUCUGCCAGCGCCGCCGGGGCUGUCGAGAGCAGCCCCGCUGUGCGUGCCGACCCCAAGCCGGGACUCUUGCCAGACCCACGCGGCGCCAGCGCCGCUGGCAUCACGGAGGGCGGCGGCUCGGUGGCCGUUGGCCCUCCUGGCGCCGCGGAGGCGCCGCGCGCCUCCGAAGCCGAAGGGGCCGCCCGGAGUGGCCCGGCCGUGCCCGGCCUUCCUGGCGGCCCCGGCGCUGUGAGCGGUGCCGGCGCUGCUCCCGCGAGUGGCUCCGCGGCCGCUGACGCCACACGGGGCGCGGGCGACAUCCGCGCCGCUCGCGCGGCCGCGGCCGUGACCCGGCUCAGCUCUACAGCGCCAGGGCCGCAGCAGAGGGCCAGCAGCGCGCUCAGUGCUCGCUCGGGGCAGGGCGGCUUCCCUCCGCCCGGUGCCCCGGCGGGCGGGGGUGCCUCCCAAACCAGAAGCUCCCAGGCGCUCGGCGGCGGGGACGGCCUGGUGAUGGGGCCCGCUGCCAGCGCAUCGGGUGCGGCCGCGGUCAGCUCCGUCGUUCCGCGCUCCCCCGCAGUGGGCCAGGGCGAUGCCGAGGUUGCCGACGCUGUGGGCGCCACCGAGGGCGGCUCCGCCAUGGCGGCCCGCUCUGCCGCUCCGCGCGCCCCGGGCAGCAGCGAUGGCACCGAAGCUGCCGAGAUCGGCUCCCCCGCCGCCGGUGCUGCGGGCGCGGCGGCGGCCAGUCCUGCAGGGGAAGAGGACGCCGGCGCUGCGGGCGCUGGUGGGCUCGGCUCCACUGCGGCCAGCGCCGCAAGCGGCGCCCUGGGCGUCCGUGCAGGGGUCAAGGAUGGCGCUGAAGCUGCCGCUGCGAGCGCUACCGCCAUAAGUGCCGCGGGCGCGGCGAAGGUCGGCUCUGCCACUCCGAGCGCCCUGUUGGACAAGGGCGGCGCCGAAGCUGCAAGCGCGGCAGACGCCGUGACGAGCGACACCGUGGCUGCCAGCAAUGCAGCCGCGGCGGCGGCCAGCCCUGGCACUCUGGGCGCCGCAGGGGGCGAGGACAGUGCCGAAGCUGCCGGUGCCGCCUCGGGCGCGGCGAGCGGUCCCGAGGCUGACGCUGCUGCCGCGGCCAGGGAUGCGCUGGAGGGCGUGCCUGCAAAGGACCCAGGCGCUGCGCACAGUCAGGCCGAGGUCGCCGAGGUCGUCGCCGAGGUCGUCGCCGAGGUCGCCGACGGCGCCGACGGCGCCGAAGGCGCCGAGGUCGCCGACGGAGCCGAGGUCGCCGAGGGCGCCGAGGUCGCCGACGGAGCCGAGGUCGCCGCGGGCGCCGAGGUCGCCGACGGAGCCGAGGUCGCCGAGGGCGCCGAGGUCGCCGACGGAGCCGAGGUCGCUGCGGGCGCCGAGGUCGCCGAGGGCUUCGACAGCGCCGAGGGCUUUGACGGCGCCGAGGGCGCCGAGGGCGCCGAGGGCGCCGAGCCUCGGCGCUUCGACGGCGCCGAGCGUGCCGACGGUGCCGAGGGCGCCGAGGUCGCCGCGGUCGCUGCCGACGGUGCCGACGGUGGGGCCGCCGGGGACGCCGGCGCCGUGGGCGGCGGCGCGGAGGACGGAUGAUGACGAUAUACUCGUCGACGUCCUCCGUGGCCUGGCGGAGGAGAAGGAGCAGGCCCUGCGCAAGGAUCGAGGCGUAGACCGACGAGGCGAGGAGGCGGCGCUCUCUCCAGCGCAGGGCCCCGCCCGCGGCCGCCUGGGCUGCUCUCCGCUCCCGCCGCCGCUCGGCGGCCGCCUGCCGCUGUGCGGCUCUCUGGCCCCGCGCGGCGGCGGCGCCCGGCUCCAGCUGCCGGGGGGCGCGAGGAAAAGGGUGGCCCGCGGGCGCGCGGCGCG